AUGCAAGGCGUCACGUACCCUCGUUUUGAGGAAAAACGGCAGCAAAAGCCGGUUGUUGGUAGCGUGCAGCUUCCACCAGUCAAAAUGUCGAGGCAACCCCCAACGGAAGUGCAGAAACGACAGGGCAUUUCCUCAAGUGACGUAUCACCGUCGCCGAAAAUGAAAAAAAUUCACAGCGGCAAUAAAAAAAGACGUAACACCGUUAGAAACGUCACUGGAUCUGCGACUUCUGUAGAGACGGUUAUGGAAAUGAACAAAAAAGCCAUGGCACUCAUGAAAGAUGGGAAAAUGAAGGCAAGUUAUGACGUGCUACAAACGGCUCUGACAGCUGCUGAGGCGGGAGUGCGCCGAUUUCCGAGUCUUCCAAUGGGGUCAAAUUCAGAAAACCAGGAAAAACGUGAUGCAUGGCUUCUUGCGUUUGCAGCUACAUUAAGCAACUUGGGAUGUCUACAGCGUCGGGGCAAUCAACCAUACGAGGCUAUACGUUAUCUCCAGGACGCGCGCAAUGUGGAAUUGCAAGUCUUUGGAAGGCCGUCAUGUUCCACAAUGGUGAAUCUUUCCGCAGUGCUGCUUGAAUUGGGUUCAACGGAGGAGGCUUUCUUUAUUGCCCGCGAUUGUGCCUUGGCCUCAGAGGAAAGCGAUCCAAUGCUUCAUAUUAUUGCGUUACACAACUACGGUGUGGCCCUGAGUCAGCAUGAUUCAGAAGAGAUGCGACAAUUGGCAGCACCCGUCCUUAUGAAAGCACUGAGAGAGGCCGAAAUUCAUUUAGGCGAAGAGCAUCCCACUACGAUACUCAUCCGCCAACACUGUGGCAUGGAUCUCAAAAAAACAACCGAUGGGACCGAUACAUGCAGCUCCAAUAAUUCGGGUGCCAUAACACAACUCCGUGAAACUCCUGAAAAUUCCAUCCAGCCACUGCCUCCAGGUGGUCGGCUGCCGCCUCUUGCCCCAGUUCCCGCUCAUCUCAUGAAGGCCAAAGAGGCCCUGCAGGUAUUGAAUUACGGAGGAAUGCCGUCGAUGGCGCAGAAUUAUGACUCUCCUGUUCCUGAUAGCAUAAAAGCACUAAACCGUCCUGAAAGCGCUUCCAAUGAUGGUGAGGCUUUAUUAUCCCCAACUGUGGCUCCAGUUCUGCGCGCAGUGGAAAUAAUGAUAGCCACUUCCAAACGCAGAUGCACUUCCAACGAACCUGCGGCUCCCUCGGUCGAGGAGGGCGUUGAAGCAACUUUGGCGAGGCAAGGAUCCUCUCUGGUGGGUACACUGACUGCACCUUUGGUGCCAUUGCAAGAACCACCGAAUGAAGAAGAAGAAGAAGAAAUGGACGAGAAAAAAGAAUCGGAGGAGAUGUGUGAAGAUGAUUAUGGGAACAAAAGCAACACUUUGGGGGCCGCAGUAGAAACACUGGAGGAAGGGAGGGCGGAGUCUCUCAUUGACUGUUGUGUGACGGACCCAGGGAAAGAAGGACAAGAAGAUACUGGAGUCAAUAAGGAUGCCCCCGGUGGCGCUCUUUAUGACGACGAUGAUGAGUCUCCAAUGAGAACCGAAGAAAAACGCAUCGACCCCGCGGCUGUUUCAAACACAUUUGAAGAAACAAAACGUCCCGCAAAGAACACAAUUUCUGGAGAGUAUUUUCUCAUUGGGGCCCAAGGAAACCGGUCAGAGCCGUCAUUUUAUCGUUUUGCGCCAACCGAUGUCUCAGUGACGAUGAACAUGUAUGGCGGUGAGCAGAAUGUUGCAGCAAUGAAGGCUCCCGAAACAACAAUUGAAAAGGAAACCCCGCUUAUAGAUUUUGACUACGAAGAGGAGGAAGAAGAAGAUGAUUAUGAUUAUGGUCAUGGUUAUCAUGAGCUGCGUCCCUUUGAGCAAAAGAGGAGGCAGGAAGAGGAGAAAAAACGACUGGAUACGGCUGAAAAGGUCAUUGAAAAAAAGCGAGAGGUCUUCUUCAAAAUAAUUGGCGCUAAUCCUACUUUACGUCGUCAGGCGCGCAUUCAACAGGAACGUCUGGAGGAGGAGGUUCUUUGCGCUCGAAUUCGUAAGGAGGCUGAAGAGAAAGCGAAAAAGGAAUACUUUGAGCGCACUAUUGAAGCCAUUAUCUUCCGCACAAGAGACAGAGCCGCGAGGAAGAUUCAGACCACAUGGUGCAUGUGGUGGUACUCUGUGGGGAAAAGGCGACGAGAACUGCUUGUUAAGCGGGCCGAGGAGAAGGCGCGGCGGGAGCGUUCGCGUCAGGCUCUUUUUGAACAUGAGCGGCGAGUAGAGCAGGAGCGACGGCGGAGAAAGAGUAAUAAAGGAGGCUUUGAGGUCGGUACUAUUCCGUCAGUAACGUCUUGUGGCAAAAAGUGGUUAGAAAAGACAUUGUGUGUGCGGUAUUUGGCACGGUGUGGUAUUUCUCAUAAAGAUCAGAAAGAAGACUUUUUUGUGUCCAAAGUAUCUAAAAUCCAAGCCAUUUGGAGGAGCUAUCGCACCCGAGGGAAAAUGCGAGAAGCAGCUUCUUAUCGGGCACAGACAUGGGUAUUGAAACGACAAAUGGAGCGUGAGGUCUACGCCGCAAUGGUCAUUCAGAUGUUUGCCCGCCGUUGUUUUGCUCGCAGGGCAAGAGAGAAAAAAUUCCUUGAACGAUAUCGUCCGCCAACAAUAAAAAUCCAAAGAUGGUUUCGGUCUGUUAUGCCUUGUCGACGUGCACUUGGUGUAGAUCGGGUAUCCAAGUGGCGAAGACAGUAUUCUGCGAGAUUGAUUCAGCGAGCUUGGAGAGCGUACCUUUCUCGUCUUGCAUACUUCAUGGAGCGUCUUCGUUAUAAAUUAGAUGAAGAUAGAAGACAUGAGCGUGUUGCCUCUUCCUUGUUGCAGCGCGUUGGUCGUGGAUUUUUAUUUAGGUCCUAUGUAGCGAGACGAUGGGCUAAAUCUUCUAAUCUUCGUAGGACUAUGUACGCUCUUGAAUGGGGAGAGAAGGGGAUGGACGCAAAUAAGGGUGGCAUGCUCACUGUCGCCGCCCCAGUUGGAAAUUAUGUUCCUACACCCAUUGAAGAGGUGAAUGCCGUAGCGGAAUUGGAGAGGGAGAAGUAUCAUAUUGGCCUUUUUGUCGAUGUCGUUGCAGAGCGUCACCGCGCUGAAUGGAAGGAGGCCCUUCGCCUGCGUCCCUUUGAGGUGCUCCGACGUCGUGCCCAUGAGGACCACCUCUGUGAACUCGAACUAAAUGCAUCCAGACGGGACCGAGCAGCGGUAAAAAUCCAACGGGAAUUCCGUCGGUGGCUGCGUAUCCGUGACGCGCCAUUCUCCGACAAAACGUUGCUACUCAUCGCCCGUGGUAAUUACCAGGUUUUGGAAUACGGUCGAAAAAUUGAUUUUAUGCGACAUGCAUGCGAACAGGACGCGGGAAGAGUUAUUUUUGGUGAACAAGUCGCGCUCAUGCGUGAGGCUAGAGCGGCGGCACAGGCAGAGUUACAAGCGGUUCGUCCAUUGGUGAGGACUCAAGUCCCUCAUCACGAGGUUCGAACGCGAGAAGAACGCUAUGAAGUUGAAAAGGAGUUACAACGAGAUGAGCAUUUGCUGAAAAAACAAUUACUUACAGACACCCUUCGUGAAAGGCGAGAAUCUUUUAUGAGACGGGCAGCGGAGGCAGGGAUUGUAGGGUCAGCCAUUGGCCGGACGAAAAAACAGCUUACCCAAUAG